AGGAGUUUCGUAGACUUGGCAACGCUGACGAUGCAUCGGCGUCAAGAAAUGGAGGCGCGAACACAAAUCUUUCACGAGAAAUGUGAUCGCGCGGUAGAAGACAUAAAAAGGUUAAAACUGAAGACUGAUGGCUUUGCACACCAGCUCAACUGUGACCCAAAUGAGCUAAAGGAAAGAUUCCUGAACUGCAUGAAACAACUUGAUGAAUACAUGUAUCUUAUUACAGAUUUCAAUAUUGCUAUUUCUAAACUGGAAGAAGCUUCCAUCCCUGACAAUACUCCGGUGCAUGAUACAGCAGCAAAACCACUAACGCCUACACCGACGGCUCCAUACAACCUGAUGGACGCACUGAGCGAACCAGCUCCAUCAACAUCGACAACAUGCUCAAACAACUGCCCUCCGGAGAAACCGAAGAGGGUCAAGAUUCCCAAAGAAAACCAAUCAUUGAUUGUGUUUUCAAGCACAUCAGCAUCUGAAGAAAGUGUUCGACAUAUGAAGAAUGAAGUUGCGGUGAAGGAGGUUCAAUGUGAACUGGAUGCGGAGUUACGGAACAUAAAAAUUGAAGAUCCACCAGCAUCAGCAGUAGCUACCCCGUCAUCAGACAGCAUCAACCUCCCAGCCCAACCGAUACUAGAGACAGAACACGUAUACGAUGCUACCAUCAUGCACGUCGACGGUGCAUUCUUCUGGGUCAUCACUGAAGAUCCUGAUGAAGUUAAGAAUCUGAUGAUAGAGAUGACGAAGUUCUACAGCGACCACCACCGGGACAUCACCGCGGACGAGGUGAAGACGCUCACCUGCUGCGCCUUCUACGACGAUGAUAGCAAGUGCUACUACCGAGGCCUGUUCCUUAAACUAAAUGAUGAGGACAACACAUUAGCCGAGAUCUUCGUGGUGGACACGGGAGAGAUGCGCGGGGCACCCGUAGAGUGCGUGCAACCGCUGUACAGACGGUUCUGUACACGACCGCCCUACGCACGCUGCUGCCAUCUAGCGGGGGUGGACCUCGUAAGCUACAACAACAAGAGCCUGAUGGAGAAGCAGGAGGUGUUCAUGUCGGCGUACGUCGGCACGCAGGCCAGCAUCGAGGUGGAUGAUAAUACCUCGGAAUCUCUAGGCGUGUUCGUGAUACUGCCAUCCGGCGAGACCCUCAACAAAAUAAUCGUGCAACAAGGACUAGCCCUGCCAAUUGACAAGUUGGCUGGCGACCUGGCGGCAGCCGGCCCGAGCGACGGGCUCGAUAUAACCGACUGCCCCGAGUAUGACGACCCUGUUGAAGCUGUUACGGGCUAUAAAAACCGCGACGAGAUUGACAUCUGCAAGCAUUACAAGGGCGGCCCGGAAAAGACCUGCUUCAAAGGCGCGCGGUGCACUAAGAAACACAUUCUUAAACACCCUGAUGGUUGGACCUUAGAUCGUAUCGCAGUGAUGGGUAAAUGCAAGUCAAUACCCCUGCCCGCCCCGGACACGUGGCUCAAAGUCCUAGUGACAAAUGUCUGCCAUUACGACAGAGUCUAUGUGCAGAUCAUUGAUGAAAAUGAAACAGAUGAAGUCCCAAGCUUUGGCGUAGUUCUGCCCGCGACUACUCUGACAGCCCUCGUGAGAGACAUGAACAGUCUUGCCACCAUAGCGGCCUACAAGCCACUGACGGUGGCACCGGCACAAGGAGAGUUAGUCGCUGCUCUGUAUCCCCUGGACAACAAAUGGUACAGAGCUCGAGUGUUGUCUGUGACCAGGGCUGACCAGACGGUCGAGGUGCAGUACCUGGACUACGGCACCGUGAUGUGGGUGAAGGAGGACCAGCUGCGCGUGCUGGAGGCGCGCCACGUGUCGCUGCCGGCGCAGGCCGUGCGCGCCGCGCUGGCCGGCGUGCGCGCGCGCUCGCACCACUCGCACCAGUGGGCGCAGGCCAAGCGCGCGCUCGCGGACAUGCUGCACGACGCCGUGCUCGACGCGCACGUCAUAGCACGUGAGUACGACGAGAUAACAGUGGAGUUAUUUGACAAGGAAGGUUACAGUAUAGCAGAGCAGCUAGCUGCUAUCAACAUGGUCGAACUGACAUCGUACAGCGUUGUAUUUGACACGGAGAUGCAGAAAGUGGUCGUACCUUAG